AUGGAGAAUUCCCAACUGUGUAAGCUGUUCAUCGGCGGCCUCAACGUGCAGACGAGUGAGUCCGGCCUGCGCGGCCACUUUGAGGCCUUUGGGACCCUGACAGACUGCGUAGUGGUGGUGAACCCCCAGACCAAGCGCUCCCGUUGCUUUGGCUUCGUGACCUACUCCAAUGUGGAGGAGGCCGAUGCCGCCAUGGCCGCCUCGCCUCAUGCGGUGGACGGCAACACGGUGGAGCUGAAGCGGGCGGUGUCCCGGGAGGAUUCGGCACGGCCCGGUGCUCACGCCAAGGUGAAGAAGCUCUUUGUCGGGGGCCUUAAGGGAGACGUGGCCGAGGGCGACCUGAUCGAGCACUUCUCGCAGUUUGGCACCGUGGAAAAGGCCGAGAUUAUUGCCGACAAGCAGUCUGGCAAGAAGCGUGGCUUCGGCUUCGUGUAUUUUCAGAAUCACGACGCGGCAGACAAGGCCGCUGUGGUCAAGUUCCAUCCGAUCCAGGGCCAUCGCGUGGAGGUGAAGAAGGCUGUCCCCAAGGAGGAUAUCCACUCCGGUGGGGGCGGAGGCGGUUCCCGGUCCUCCCGUGGCGGCCGCGGCGGCCGAGGUCGGGGCGGUGGUCGUGACCAGAACGGCCUGUCUAAGGGCGGCGGCGGCGGUUAUAACAGCUACGGUGGUUACGGCGGCGGCGGCGGCGGCUACAACGCCUACGGAGGCGGAGGCGGCGGCGGUUCGUCCUACGGUGGAAGCGACUACGGUAACGGUUUCGGCGGUUUCGGCAGCUACAGCCAGCACCAGUCGUCCUAUGGGCCCAUGAAGAGCGGCGGCGGCGGCGGAGGAGGAGGCAGCAGCUGGGGAGGUCGCAGCAACAGUGGACCUUACAGAGGUGGCUAUGGCGGUGGGGGUGGCUAUGGAGGCAGCUCCUUCUAA